AGGGUUAAUCUUGUGGAAGACCAACAUGGAGGUCCGGUGGUAGGAGGCAGCUUGUCGCUCUGUUGGGUCAGCUGAUACGCCACCAGCAGCAGCAGCAGAUUCUCUCUGACAGAUGUGAGCCACUUUGUUGAACCAUGCGUGUUGACAGCGACUGUAAACCCACGGAGCAGAUGCAGCCUGACUUCAGCCUCAGCGCAGAAAUGAAUGAUCCGACAGCCCUGUUCGGAACUGGGACAAUUUGAAGAGGAAGAACUGUUGCACCUUCCGAGCAACAAUCGAGGUUGUUUUUUUAUCCUCUUUCCUCCCACGCUCUCUGUUAUUGUUUUAAAUAUUACUUGAAGAAUAGAGCAUAUAUGAUGAAAUGCAAGGCCAACCAGACCAGGACGUACGACGGAGAUGGCUUCAAGCGAAGAGCGGCGUGUUUGUGUUUGAGAAACGAGAAGGAGGACGAGGUGCUGCUGGUGAGCAGCAGUCGACAUCCAGACCAGUGGAUUGUUCCCGGAGGAGGGAUGGAGCCUGAUGAGGAGCCCAGUGUUGCUGCUGUCAGGGAGGUGUACGAAGAGGCUGGUGUGAAGGGAGAACUUGGCAGACUUCUUGGGAUAUUUGAGCACAAUCAAGACAGAAAGCACAGGACGUACGUCUACACUCUUAUUGUGACAGAAACGCUGGAGGACUGGGAGGACUCUGUUAACAUUGGUAGGAAGAGGAAGUGGUUCAAGGUGGAGGAUGCCAUCAGGGUGCUGCAGAGCCACAAGCCUGUCCACGCAGAGUACCUCUGCAGACUCGCGGACACCUGCGGCCCCCCCUACGGGCCUGGGUGUUGCCCCCGAGCGAUGGACAGCAAGGCUCCUCACUAUGUUGUUUGCUCAACGCAGGACUCGGAGCUCUUCAACAGUUAGGCCUUACAGCUGACCUCCAACCUCUAGAGGACAACGCUGGACUAUACUGGAGCAUUGGUUGCUUUAUGAACACAGGUUUUUCACUUGAACAAUAUUGAUUUUGCAAGAAGUUAAUAAUAAUAAGAAGAAAAAAAUAAAAACGUAGUAGCCCUUCAAAAGUGCUGUGAUGCUUUCUAGGUGUAUUUUUGGAUCAUUAAAGCAACAGUUAGCAGCUGACAGAUCAAAUGCAUCCCCCUUUAGGGGUUCAGUUACUGUGCAGUAAAGUUCUUGCCGGGGUCUUACUUGUUUGACCUCAGUGUUCCCAAUGUGUUGGUGGCUUCCAGAAGACUGAAACUGGGAAAUGUUGACCUUAAGAGGAAGCUCUGUUCCGACUCUGACUGACUGCCAAAUAAUUUCCUGUCGCAAGAGAAGGUAGCAGCCACAAGCAAUUUUAUUCAUUUUUUCCUCAUGACACUCUAGAUUGAGUUUUCUUCUUAUCCGAGUUGGUUUAAAGUUAGCUUUGCUGCAAUAAAUGAGUCAAUUGUUGCAACAACCAGGGUUAUUAGUACUUUGUUUAAAACCUGAGAGGUUGGCUUAAAUAGCAUUGAGAUAUUAUUUAUAUAUAUGCACAUAUAUAAUGUUAAAAUGAGCAACAAUGAGGUAAAGAUGAAUAAAGUUUACUCACUGGAUAAAAUAAUGUUAAGUAUCAUGAUGCCUUAGCAAGGAUUCCCAGACGGAAAGCAGGCCCAGGACAUCUCAGAUCACCCAAUAUAUGGAACAGUGGCCUUAAGAUGUUUUUCCACACAUUCAACCUUUGUUUUACAUCAUUAACUUGUUGUGGCCAGAAAGAUCAAUCUUACUCUAAUCUGACCAAAGCACACAGUUCAGGUUAAAGUCCCUGUAGCACAUGGCAACCUCUGCAUGUGUGAUGGUAAGACGGAAAAGGUUUUUAUGGCAUGCUUCCUAAACACUCGGUUGCCAUGUCUAAAGCGUCUAAUUGCUGUUAUGAAGGCUUUGGUAACACCAAGAUGCCAUUGUUUUCUGCAGGGCUCUAAUAUUGAGCCUCAAAUUUUUGUUUUUCCCUUAUUGUCCUGCUUACUGUUCAUUGUGUCAAAAUAAAUUGCUAUCCUUUUUCCA